AUGGUCCAUACCUACCAGAGCACUAUGAGCCGGGCUGGGCCUGGGGGGGAGACCUUUGUGCCAGCGGGCUUCCUGGCCCCUGCCAGGCUAUCUGCUAAGCAGAUUCCCGGCCUUGACCCUGGUCGGGACUCCCCCUGCCAGCUCCGCUGGGUCUCUGCGCAUCUCCGCCUCAUCGACGGCAAAUUCCUCAACUUUCGGGCGCUGUUCCGGGAGGGCUCCGGAGCUGGAGCUGGGUCUGACCCCCUAGAAGCUCACCUAAGCGACCUGCUUCAGGCAGUAGCCUCGCUCCAGACCCGGUAUCCAGUGCUGGGCGGACCGCGAGUUCGGGGGGCCGUGGCAGCGCUGGUCAGCUCCGUGCAAGGUCUCCCCCAGACCCAGGGCACUGGAAGCAGAAAUCGGUACAGUGAAAUCUUCAGGAGCCUGGACAACCUGGAGAUUUCUUUGGGGAAUGCGGCUGUGGAAAUGUUGGUUGGAGACUCGGAAUCUGAUUACCCUGAGCCAGGAGCGGAGACUAAUGAGACCCAAAGCUGGAGCAGCCCCUUCCCAGGAGGCCCUGCCCCCCUCACAGGGGAGGAACUGGACAUCCGGCUUGUCCGUAGUGAAGGAGGAGUGGAGGCUGCCUUGGAUUAUGCCAAAAUGUGGAGCAAACAUAUAAAAGAGAUUCUGUGCUGGACUGAAAAAAGAGCAAACUAUGAGCUAGAAUUUUCCAAAAACAUCAUGAAGCUUGCUGAGGCAGCAAAGGUAUCCAUUCAACAGCAGCAUCCUCCAGGACCACUCCGAGAUGUCUAUGGCCUCUUCCUAGAGCAGGACUUCACCCUUGGAGAGCUGACGUUACAGAUAUUGGCACAGCAAAAACGUGAUUAUUGCCAGCCCCUGGUGGUCCAAAGGAAUGAGAUAGAGAAAAGGAGGAAAGAGAUGAAGGCCCAGUGGGCUCGUGAACAGAAGAGGAUGAAUGAAGCGGUGCUGGCCUUGCGGCGUGCUCGGCUCCAGUACCUGCAGAGGAGUGAAGAUGCACAGACCCGAAUCUUGGGCUUUCCUGAGGUCCCCAGCAAGCAGCAGGAGCGCCGUCGCCGUUCACGAGAGGAUGCUCAGGCCAAAGUAAGGGCAUGGUUUCUGAUCCUGCUCAGUGUGAGCAUUUUCUCUGACUCUGCUUCCCAAUGCCUCCAUUUCCCUUCUCUCUCCAUUCCUUGGUUUCUCUAGGCACAGGAGGCCGAGGUUCACUAUCAGGCCUGUAUCCGAGAGGCCAACCUCCGGCAGCGGGAUCUGGAGGCCACAAAACAGAGAAUUGUGUCCCGUGUCCGGAAGAUGCUAUUUCAGGGGGAUGUGGAGCUCAAAAAGGUGUCCUUGAACUUCUUUAGCCUUCGGGGGGGCCUGGCUGAAAGAGGACCCCAGGGCUUCUCGGCACUUAACGAAUGUUGUGUGCCCUUUGAGCCUGGCCAGCAAUACCUUGAGUUUGUGCAGAUGAUGUGGCCAGAGCCUCCUCCUCCAGCCCCACCAGAUUUCUCCUUCCAGGAGUUUGUGGCCUCAGCACACAGCUCCCCUCUGGAUGCUCGAAAGAAGGUUCCAUCCCAGCAAUCCUUGCAGUCUAAUGAAUCCUUAUUGGAGCUCAACCUCUGGGAGGAGCCUGGAGACCAUGGGAGCCUGGGUACCUGUCUAGGGAGCGAUGUGGACAGUGUGGGUGGAAGCAGUGAGUCUCGGUCUCUGGACUCCCCUACAUCCAGCCCUGAGCUCGGGGAUGGACCAGACAAUGAGACAUCUUGUCCUUUGAAGAAGUGGUCAUUAUCCAGCGCAGCCCAAACCCACCGUUUCCGAAAGCUUCGAGGCCCAGCCAAGUGCCGGGAGUGUGAGGCCUUCAUGGUCAGCGGGAUCGAGUGUGAGGAGUGCUCUCUGGCCUGCCACAAACGUUGCCUGCAGUCAUUACUGAUCCUGUGUGGCCACAGGAAGCUUCCAGCCAGAACUCAGCUCUUUGGAGUUGAUUUUUUACAGCUUCCUCGAGACUUCCCUGAGGAGGUGCCCUUCUUGGUCAUUAAGUGCACUGCUGAAAUUGAGCAUCGUGCACUGGGUGUACAGGGUAUUUACCGGAUCAGCGGGUCCCGACUUCGAGUAGAACGGCUGUGUCAGGCCUUUGAAAAUGGCUGGGCCUUGGUGGAGUUGUCUGGUAACUCUCCCCACGAUGUUACUGGAGUACUCAAGCACUUCCUUAAGGAGCUCACAGAUCCUAUCAUCCCCUCUCAACUCUAUUGUGCCUUCAUCUCUCUGGCUAAGACCCUGCAACCAGAGGUAUCAUCAGAUGCCUCAAGAAACACUGAACCUGAACUCAAUCUUGGCCCCAGCCCUAAUGCUGACCCUGAGGCUGAAGCUGUCAGUGCCCUGAAAAAUCUCCUAAGACAGUUGCCUGGCUCCAACUAUAAUACUCUCCGGCAUCUAGUGGCCCAUCUGUUCAGGGUGGCCUCAAGGUUUGAAGAAAAUAAGAUGUCAGCCAACAACCUGGGCAUCGUGUUUGGGCCAACACUGCUUCGGCCACCAAAAGGACAAGGUGGGGUCAGUACCAACCCAGUGGCCUGUCUCCUGGACUCAGGAUACCAGGCCCAGAUGGUGGAGUUCCUCAUCAUCCACUAUGAGCAUGUCUUUGGGAUGGAAGAACUCCCUCCCAUCCCAACAGAAACAUCUGAUCCUGGAAUUCCUGGGCCUGCCACACAGACCUCAGCCUAUGGAGAGGGGUCUGGGACUCCAGGGCUCCAAGCAUUAUCUGAUGAGACUUCACUACCCAAAGGUGACUUCAUUGAGUGGAUCAAUUCAGAAGGCGGCGAGGAAGAGUCCAAUCAAGUGCGUGAGGAAACCCCCCUAGGGACACAAUCCCGUGGCCACUUCAGUCGACAGCCUGUGAAGUAUACCCGGGCAGGGGGAGUCAGGCCAGUCAUCCACCAGCUGUCCAGCCUGGCCUUGGUGGCCUCUAAACUUUGCGAGGAAACCCCUAUCAAGGACCGACAUGGAAGCCUUCGGGGCCAGGGGCCUUGGGCCAGUGCCUCCUCAGAAAGCAGCCCCUUUCGAAGAGCCAAAUUACCAAAGCACUUUGAGAUUACCCAGGAGACAGCCAGACUCCUCUCCAAACUCCAGGGAGAGGGGACCCAGGAUGGAAGGCAAUCUCCCUGCUGGCCUGAGCCUGAGCCACAACCCUGCCAGGCUGAGCCCUCCCUCCAGCCCCAAUCCCAAGCCCAGUUUGAACUCCAGCCCCAGUGUGAUGAGGCAGAGGACCAUUUAUAACUUAAAGCCCCUUCCUCCCUGUCCUGGAAUCUCAGGGUCAACAGGUCAUUUUCUGGUCACCUAGAGCAGUGGGUCAGUGCUUCCUGGCCAUUGCUGCCACUAACAGCCAAUAAAUUUCUCUGUCUUCCUGG